CUUCACUUAAACUUUUCCGUCUGUGAGAUCCCGGAACGUUCUGUCUGAAGAUGCAGGAUUAUGUGUUUGGUUUGCUUUCUUUUAUUUGUAGUCUAAAAGGCCUAUCAUGUUCAUCAUGGACCAUGAAAGUACCAGAACAGGUCAAUGGCACAUUGGGACAAAAUGUGAUUCUCCCUUGCAUCUUCACACACCCAAUUCAAAAUACUUACACCGGUCACAUCAAUGUUAAAUGGAUGCAGGGCAACAAACAAGAACCCAUUUUUAAAUGCAUGCUUCACAACAAGACAAAUGCACAAAACAACUGUAAUUAUCUAAAAUCAUCAGAGCGACUCUCGCUUCAAGGUAACCCCACAAAAGGAGACAUCUCCUUAAGAAUCAAUCAUUUACAGUUUACCGAUGCCUCACAGUACACCUGUAGGGUGGAGCUGGAUUAUGGUCAAUUUGAGAAACACACAACGUUUAAUGUCAACGCUCCGGCAAAAAUUCUCAGCCUAUCCUUGGAUUUAGAGGUUCUGGGUAUGAUGGUGAAAUGCAUUGCCCAAGGGAAUCCGCUUCCAGAAUUUAAAUGGACCUCCUCAUCUGGACCACUAGAAAACGUUCCAAUCAAAACUGACCAUACAAACUUCAUAGUCAUCAGCUCAGUUCCACACUCUGAGCAGGAUGUGUACACUUGCCAAACUGUGAACUCUCUGGGCCAGGAUCAGAAAACAUUUCCAUCAAACGAUUCAAAUUGUCUUGGUCUGAAGGUGACGACUGGCAUUCUGGGGUGUUUGCUGCUGCUCGGGCUUGUGCCAUUCAUUUUGGAUGCGCUGAAAAGAAGACAAAGUGCACAGACAAGCAUGCUACAGGAUAUAGGUGUACAGAGGGUUAAACCCUCCAUAUAUCAUGCUAAUGAGAAAAUUUAUGCCAAUAUCAGCACUUGUCCAGUUGGUCCUGAACAAGGUGAUGUCUGCUCAACUGGGGCAUUGAGAGAGGGGGGAAAGGUGAUUCCCAAUACCCCAAAAAAUAGGCCCCCAGGUCCCCCGCCGGACACUGGCGAAAAGUGAAGGGCGCUGAUCCAGAUGGACCAAUCACAUUUGUGUUUGAUUACUGUAUGAUCAUUUUUAAAAAUGAAUGUAUUUAAGAUUUGUAUGGUGCUUUUUGCUUCGUAUUUCAGAGAUAUGUAAUUAUAGACAAUAUGUUUAAAAA